ACCUAGGAGUUCCGGUCUAUAGUAAUGUAUUAAAAAUGUAGUGGGGCGCGAGCUCGUACUGUCACGCGCAGAGUGCUCGCUUCGGGCUGUGGGAGUCUAGAGAGCAACUGUGUGUUCGCUCUCCAGCGGAUAGAAAAGACAACAGUCUUCUGCAGGGGCUCAAAUAACUUCAGUCUGUUUUAUAAAAAAGGGGCAAAGUCAGAAGAAAUUAAACGAGAAAAUAAAAAGACAGCAGUUAGUUGAACAGCUGACGGGACCCUCCACGCUGGCAGUCCGCUGUGAGUUACUUGAAACCGGACCGUUGAUUCAUCCGAACCGCUGGAUUACACUGCCUAAAACCAGCAAAUAACUUUUAGACCACCCUUAAAGUGUUUUUUCUUUGAGUCAGAAGGUUAUUUAACAUAUUUUUGCAAGAUGUUCAGCUGGGCGAACAAAGAUGGAAAGAAAAAGGAUCCCGAACUGUUUCAGACGGUUUCUGACGGGCUGAAGCGACUCUACCGGAACAAAUUAUUUCCACUGGAAGACACGUACCGCUUCCAUGACUUCCACUCUCCGGCUCUGGAGGAUGCCGAUUUCGACAACAAGCCCAUGGUACUUUUAGUGGGCCAGUACUCCACAGGAAAAACCACUUUUAUUAGGCAUCUCAUGGAGCAGGAUUUCCCCGGGAUGCGCAUAGGCCCCGAGCCGACCACCGAUUCAUUCAUAGCGGUGAUGUACGGGGAACAGGAGGGUCUCAUCCCGGGCAAUGCUUUAGUGGUUGACCCCAAGAAACCCUUCAGAAAACUCAAUGCCUUUGGAAACGCCUUUCUGAACAGGUUUAUAUGUGCUCAGAUGCCAAAUCCAGUGUUGGACAGCAUCAGCAUCAUAGACACUCCUGGAAUCCUGUCCGGAGAGAAACAGCGGAUCAGUAGAGGUUAUGACUUUGCUGCUGUGCUCGAGUGGUUUGCUGAACGCGUGGACCGCAUCAUUCUUCUCUUUGACGCACACAAGUUGGACAUCUCCGAUGAGUUCUCCGAGGUGAUCCGAGCUCUGAAAAACCAUGAGGACAAGAUGCGGGUGGUGCUCAACAAAGCCGAUCAGAUCGGUACCCAACAGCUCAUGAGGGUUUAUGGUGCCCUCAUGUGGUCACUUGGUAAAAUUGUCAACACCCCAGAGGUCAUCAGAGUCUACAUUGGCUCUUUCUGGGCUCAGCCUCUCCUGGUUCCAGAUAACAGGAAACUGUUUGAGGCAGAGGAACAAGACCUUUUCCGUGACAUCCAGGGACUUCCACGAAAUGCAGCGCUGCGUAAGCUGAAUGACCUAAUCAAACGAGCCCGUCUAGCCAAAGUUCAUGCCUACAUCAUCAGUGCUUUGAAGAAAGAAAUGCCAAAUGUUUUUGGGAAAGAGAAUAAGAAAAAGGAGCUCAUUGCUAACCUGGGUGAGAUUUAUACAAGGAUUGAAAAAGAACAUCAGAUCUCCCCUGGUGAUUUCCCUAAACUCAGUAAAAUGCAGGAAAUCCUCGCUGGUCAAGAUUUCACUAAGUUUCAGGGACUGAAGCCCAAGCUCUUGGAAACAGUGGAGGAUAUGCUGGCCAAUGAUAUUGCCAAACUCAUGACCCUUGUUCGGCAGGAGGAGGCUGCCAUGCCCAGCCAGGCUGUCCAGGGUGGUGCUUUUGAAGGCACCAUGAAUGGACCCUUCGGGCAUGGCUAUGGAGAGGGGGCUAGUGAAGGCAUUGACGAGCUGGAGUGGAUCGUGGCGAAAGACAAGCCAACUUACGACGAGAUCUUCUACACCUUGUCGCCUGUCAACGGGAAGGUCUCUGGUGCCAUGGCCAAGAAGGAGAUGGUCAAAUCCAAGCUGCCCAACAAUGUUCUAGGAAAGAUCUGGAAGCUUGCUGAUGUAGAUAAGGAUGGGUACCUGGACGACGAAGAGUUUGCCCUCGCUAACCACCUCAUCAAGGUCAAACUGGAAGGUCAUGAGUUACCUACUGAUCUUCCUGAUCACCUUGUGCCUCCUUCUAAACGAGGACUGUAAACAAUUUGGGAAAAUAAAUAUGAUCAUCGAGCCAUUCUUUGAAGAGGUUAUGGAUCUGGGAGAAUGGGGGGCGGGGGUCUGGAAGUAUAAAAAUAUAUAAACAGAAUUUAUGAUAUAAUUAAACAAUAUACAUUAGCUGUGGGAAUAGAGCCAAGUAAUAUUAAAUUUAUCCAUCACUACAGUUUGUCAAUCUCACUAAUAUUAUUUUCUUUGUUCCUCUUAGACCAGUAUUUAGCAACCUAAUCAAAACAAAAAAUAUUAAUAAAUUAGACCGCAUCCUGUUAUUGUAUUUUUCAAAUGCUUGAUGUAGCCAAAUUUUGAAUAAGCAAGUAUGAUGGCAUGCUUGCAGGGAGAUUAAUUCAUUAUGAUCAAACUAUAGGCUGUAUUAGAAAGAGGUAUUUAAUUGUUCCAUAUCUUGCACUGAUGCUGCUUCAUACUUAGUCAUGCAAGGAAAAAUGGUUCUGCUCGAUUUUUAAACUACAUCAGCUUUGCCGAUGGAUCCAUAUUAUCUGGAUUCUCGGCACGCUAGAGCUUUGAAACUCUGUUAAACAAUGUUGUAGUUCACGAUCUGUCCAAUUUUGGUUUUACCAUUUGGACUUGUCAAUUUGAUCUUCCAUCUUUUUUUUAUAACUAUAAACGCAAAACAGUGCUGCAUUCUUGUAUUGUUUGUUCACUGAUGUUGUGUUGUCAACUGUGAUGGUUCAGAAGUUUAUGAAUUAUAACUUCAAAAGGAAGUGUCUAUGACAAGAUAUUCAACAGACAGCGACUCCAGUUGUAUGAUAGGAGUCAGUUGGUUUCUGUCUGUUCUUGAGUGCCUCUCUUUGCUACAGUGUCAAAAGCUUCUCUAUAAAUACUGUUCAUAUGUUUUUUUUUUUUUGGUCUAGUUUGCAAUAAAUAAAUAAAAAUACAGCUAAA